UCAGUUCAGUUGAUGUUUGGCAAAAGGAUCGUUGAAGCGGACGCAAACAGUGUCAAAUGUAUAAAUUGUGAAAUUUUGAUGUUUUCAACAUAUUUUUGGACUAAAUAUAAGAUAUUGAAAAGUUUAUAGCUAGCUAAUGAACUCAUUAUAAUUUGUGACCCAUAUAAACUCGAUCGUAGCGUAAAAUAGUGAUUACGACGACUUCGUAAAUCGUUUCAAAACAUUUUAUCAUUUUGACAUGUUUUUCUAUUUGUACGAUUGUACACUUACACAGUGUUAUAUGCAAUAACGUUUAAAACAAGUGCAACAAGUGAACCAUUCGAUGUUAUAUCGUUAGAAUUGUGAGAAUCAAGAAAGGUGGAAGUGCUUUGGGAUUGUUUGUGGCAUCAUGAAAGACGUGUUCAGGGAUUUAAGGACGAACUAUAGUUACUUUUUGAUAGUGUUAGCGCAUUUGCGUUGUAGUACUUGAGCCUUGAGUAUCGAAAGAAGGAGGAAGGUGCUGGCGGUGAGGAUGAAGCAGAGGUAAAGAGAGAGUCGCCAUCACCGUGGAGCACCUGGUGGGCGGCGGCGGCGCCGGCGGGCUGCUGCCCGGCGCCUCGCCCCAGCACCCGCCCAACAUGCUCCAGCCCAUGGAGGACAUGAUCCUGCCACCCAAGCGCCAAGCUGUAGUAGACAGGCUGAGACGAAGAAUCGAUGCGUAUCGUCGGAGACAGAACGAGUGCGUCCCUCGCUUCGACCAGUCGUUCACGGGCGCCUGCGAGCAGCAGAACCUCGAGACCAGCGCGCUGCAGAAGCGGUUCCUCGAGGGCAAGGCCAAGCGACAGGCCAAGAAGAGCGACCGCAAGCCCGACCUGCCCGCCAUCAGCGGGAAUCUGCACAGUAGCGUGCAUGUGCAACAAAAAUUUGGUUGCGGCGAUUACGAACCGCCGGCGAAGCUGCAAUGCGGGGGCAUCGGCGGCGCCGGCGAGGCGCUCACCAAGUUCUCGGUGGAGAUCGUACAGCAGCUCGAGUUCACCACCUCCGCCGCCGACUCGCAGCCGCAGCAGAUCUCCACCAACGUGACGGUCAAGGCUCUCGCCAACGCCGUCAAGACGUCCAACUCGCCGCCCCCGCAAGCCCCGCCGCGCGUGCCCACGCCGCUCGACUGCGACCGCGAGUGCAAGGCCGAGUGCAAGUCUGAAGUCGCCGAGGACGAAUUCGUCGGCCUGGACGAAUGCGCUGCUGCCCUGGAGCGCGACGCCGCCUCCGCGUUCCCCGGGCUGGCCGAGCUGAUCGGCGAAGACGACGGCGACGAUACUUUCGAAGAUCUCAUUACCGAAAUAGCGGAGUACCCAGAGUUUAUGAAAGAUUUCGAUCUGGACGGAAGCAGGUUCAACGGGCUAGGCGGCAUGGAGCCUCCGGAGGGCGAGCCCGCGCCGCGGUACGGCGGCACGAGUGGCGAGAUGUCGCCCGCCGCGCAGACGCUGAAGCACAUGGCGGAGCAGCACCAGCAGGCGGCGGGCGGCGACUGGCGCUACCGCGGCUACGGCCCGGCCGGCGGCCCCAGCGCCGGGCCCGGCACCGGCCCCUACCGUCCCAGGCCUUCGCUCGAACACCUGCACAUGUCGCAGCAUCAGCAGCUGCAUCUCUCGCAGCCUCAUCAUAAUCUUCAGGUGUCCGCGGCUCAGCACAUGCAGGUGAGCGGGUCCGGCAGCGGGCACGUGUCCGUGGCGGCGCAGCAGGGCAUGUACGCCAGCUUCCAGCACCAGCAGCCCACCUCGCAGCACCAUCAAGGCGGCGGGAACGAUUCGUACUCGAUGUCGCAGUCGCAGAGCAUGAACUUCUCGCAUGCGAUGCGGCCGCGGCCCGCGCACCCCGCGCACGCCGCGCACGCCGCGCAGGCCGCCGCGCAGCCGCAGCAGGGGCCGCAGGCGCCUAUGGGGGUCGCCGCGGCGGGCAUCUCCCGCGAGCAGCAAGCGAAGAUGUUGCAGCAACAGCAGCAGCACAUGCUGCGCGCGCAGCAGCAACAGCAGCAGCAGCAGCAGCAGAUGCGGCCGCCGCCGCCCGAGUACAAGGCGCGCUUCGUGGGCGGGGGCGCGCCCGGGCCGGGGACGGGUGGCCCGCGCCGCGCCGCGCCGGCGCGCACGUACGCGCCGCAGCUGCCGCGCCAGUACUCGCCCGAGUGGCGCCACGCCAUGCUGCAGCAGCAGGCGCGGCAGCAGCUCCAUCACCAUCAAGGCGGAGGAUUCGGCAUGGGCGGCAUGGGCGGGCUGGGCGGCGCGGGCGCGGGCGCGGGCAGCGCGGCGCAGCAGCAGAUGCAGCUGCAGCACUCGCGCAUGCAGCAGCAACUACUGCAGCAACAGCAGCAGCAGAGAGCGUCGAAUCAGCAGGCUCCGAUGUCACAUCUCAUCAUGCAGCAAAAUCAGAUGAUGAACGUGCAAGGACAGAUGUCGAAUAUUCAUAUGAACCAGAGCCAGAGCAUGUCGAUGCAGGGCGGCGGCAUGGGCGGCAUGGCGCACGGUGCGCACGGCUCGCACGGGCACGGCGCGCACGCGCACGGCGCGCACGGCGGCAUGCUGGCGGGCGCGCUGCAGCAGUUCCCGGCGCUGCACGGCGCGGGCGCGUUCUCGGCCGCCGCCGCCGCCGCCGACUUCAACCUCGACUUCCUCGACAACAUGCCGUCCAGCGACGCCGGCAACCUCACCGCGCAGGAGCUGCUCAACUCGCUCGACAACUCGCUCUUCAACGACAUCCUCUAAGGUCUGCGAGCCGACCCCUUCCGCUAGUUAAACGAGUUCGAUGAACCUAGUGUAUUGUGCCAAGAAAAGAAUGUAGACGAGCCGAAGGCGAAAGAAAAUAUGGCUAUAGUAGAAUUUGGAGCGUAGCGAAAGAUUCUUAAAACGCGGCGUGGGAAUGGAGAGAUAACGUAGAAUUGAAAUUUUAUAUCGGAGUGACGCAAAAGAAAUUUUAGAAUCUUAUCCCCGCCGGCGUGGCACGAACGAUGAUGACCAAAGUUUUUAAACAAGAAUUUUAAUACGAUUUCCAGCGGCCGAAGUAAUAUUUAGAAUGUUCUUUUGCCGCGUAAAACGGUGUGUUCCAAGAUUCUCCCGUACUUUUAUAUGAACUUUCGGCGUUGUUUUAGACUAUUUAUAUUCAAAGAUAUCGAUUUCAUAGUAUUUUAUAGUUUUUACGGUUGUUAAUACUUCUUUUGUAAAUAUUUUAUCGUACUUCCAGGAUGUAGUAAAUAUUCCGAUCCGCGUUAAGCGCGCCCGGUUCCCGCCGGGCGACACUUCCAGUUGUCUUGUAAAAUAAUAGGUCCCCUCCUACACUCGGAGUAGGUAAAGUGAAAUUGAUAGGUAUUAUAUUUAUUUGGAAUGUGUUGUAGAUACGAGAAGAGCACAAAAGACAUUAUAUCAGUUGUAGAAUGAGUUUACUUCCUUAGUGAUUGUGUAGUCGCCGAGCCCGCAGUCCGCCUGGGGAGACACCCCACCUACUUUAUAUCAUAGUGCAAAUGUAAAUUUAUGUAAUUACGGCUAAAGUAAGAUCAUUCCUGUACCUAAGAUAAUUAUUUAGUAGAUUAUACUGUGAUGACGGUCUCAAUGGUCAAUAGGUAACAUUAUAGUAUCAAUUAUUAUAGAUAGAUAGCUACUGUUGAUUUAAGUAUUGUCAGGUCUAGAAUCGUUAUUGUUAAGGAUCUCAUGUAUUAUUUAGGAUGGUUUUGUGGAAAUCUGGAAUUUACAAAAUGUUGGUUUUUAUAAUAAUUUAAAGAACUCAUGACAUUCUUAUUAUUCCAUAUAUUUUUAUUUAUAUAAUUUUGUCACUCGUGAAACUAUCAUAAUAUUUUAAUGUUAUGAGACAUCAAAGUAUCGAUAUAAGUUAAAUAGAUAAGAAUCGACUCCGCUCUCAUAGGGAGUGGGUCGCCUGCUCUCUGCUCGACAAACGACUACAGCUAUAGAACCAAUUGUGAAUGAUAACAACAUUCCAGAGCCAUUGUUAACAAUGUUUUAAAUUUAGGACCAAUUUUUGAAUGUUCUUUUGAAAAUAAUAUUGCAUAUUGA